CAACCUAGCUAGACAAAAGCCCACGCUUAUACAUAAUAGAAUGGAAGCCCAACGCCUACCAGUUAAACCCACCACUUAGCAAGAACUGAAGAAAAGAAUGAAGAAAGCAGCAGCAGAGGCUUCGAGCAAGAGCAACAAUGGCGGAACUGAAACGAAAGGCCAGAAAAAACCCCAAUUUAGACCUGCUCUCGAUGACACUAAGCCAAUUCUCAAAGACCCAAUAUUGAGAUCGGACCCUAUUGAGACUGAGGAAGCUGUUCUUCGGUUGCCCCCUUUUCCAAUCGACAAAUUGAAAAAAUCCCAAAAAUUUGCUUCCUAAAACUAAUUCAGAUGUAUUUGUAGUUGAUGCAACAGUUGGUGAUUUGAAUAGCAAAUUCUGUUGUUGAA